CUGUAGUUUUUACCCAGUAAAUACAAACUGCCAGAUGUUCAGUAAUAUACAUACACCACAUUUAUUUUUCUGCAUGUUGUACCGCGCCAUCAACGGUGACGGCGAGUCGUCGAGCGGCGUCGAGAGACGAGAGGACCCGGGGCCGGCGGCGCCUCACGCACAACACCCCAACAUGCCAUACCAUCGAUAUGAGGGUCCUCCCACUCCAUGCCCUGCCCGCGUAGAGUACGCGACGCCAGUGUUCGCGCGCAACUACCAGGGAGUGUGGCGGUACGUGGUGCAGAUACCCUACGAGGGGUACUUCACGCAGACUGUUGAGGUUACCAGAUGCAUGCAAUCCCGCUGUCACUACUUAGAGGGUGGGUGUUUGAGUUCCCCGCGGUGGGUGUCGCUGCUGGUCGCUGAGCUGCACUACCCGGCACAGCAGCAGAACUUGCAGCCGGAGUACCCGCCGGCGGAGGGGGCGGGAGGUACAGACAAGCCGCCGCACUGCGACGGACACGACGAGAUGGGAUGCUACCAGGUGCGUCUGUACUACGACUGGUUCCUGGUCCCGGGCUCGUGCAAGUGCUGGAGGCCGGACUACUUCGCCAGGUACGUCAGGCGCAAGCAGAACAACGAACUGUAAUAACGUUUGAGAACAGUAACAGUCAGACCUAAUGAGAAAUGGAUUGUAUCUAAGACGCAUAUUUAAAUUUAUAUUCUCUGGGGUUAACUUCAGACUGGUCAAAAUUAUUGAGGAUGUACAGUUUGUAAUGUAAAGGGACAUCUAAAUCUGUGGUUGAAAGGCAACAGUUAUUGUUCUGUCGCAUAUUUUAUUUUUAUUUGGAAUUAAAGGUCACGCUGACAAUCAAAUAAAAAAAUUAAUGACUAGAAUAUAUAAAGACUUUGAUGUACUUCAUAUUCUUCUAUAAAUUUGUUAAUAAAACCACUAUGACGGA